AUGACAACGUCACUGCUCCUCCGCCCGCGCUGGAUCGACCCGGUCAUGUUCCUUUACGAUAACGGCGGCGGUUCGGACGACGCAGGCAAGAACAUGGAAGGAUUCCCGGGAAGCAACUUCGCACCGAGCUCGUGCAGGAAUCUGAUGGCGCACCACCCCGCCUCCGCGUACACGUCGAGCGAGGCGGCGGCAGGGACUGGAGCGGGCGAGCCAGGCAAGCAGUGCAGCCCGUGCUCGGCCACGCAGGGCUCCGGCGGCGCUUCGCUGCCGUACGGCUACUUCGGUGGCGGCUACUAUCCGUGCCGAAUGGCCCACCACCACGGGGGCGGGGGUGGGGUGAAGUCGUGCGCCCAGUCCCCCGCCUCCGCCGCUGCGCCUUACGGGGAGAAAUACAUGGACAUGUCUGCCACUGCUGGCGAGGAUUACGCCACUUCCCGAGCGAAAGAGUUCGCCUUCUACCCGAGCUAUGCCUCCAGUCCGUACCAGCCGGUCCCCAGCUACCUGGACGUGCCUGUGGUGCAGGCUGUGAGCGGGCCCUCGGAACCCAGGCACGAGCCUUUAUUGCCAAUGGAAAGUUAUCAGCCGUGGGCUAUCACCGCCAGCAGCUGGAACGGCCAGGUCUACUGCACCAAGGAACAGCCGCAGACAGGACACAUGUGGAAGUCAUCUUUACCAGAAGCAAUGCCCCACGGAGGGCCAGAAGCCAGUUCAUUCCGUCGAGGGAGGAAGAAACGCGUGCCUUACACCAAGGUGCAGCUGAAGGAGCUGGAGCGAGAGUACGCCGCCAACAAGUUCAUCACCAAGGACAAGCGUCGGCGGAUAUCGGCCCAAACCAAUCUGUCCGAACGGCAGGUCACCAUCUGGUUCCAAAACCGGCGCGUCAAGGAGAAGAAAAUUGUCAACAAAGUGAAAAAUAGCAGUUAG